UUGGUUGAAGUAGGAACUUGCUUAAAAGACAGUUUUGCCAAGGAAUUUGGACACCUGCGGCAUAAUGCGAAAACAAAAAAAGUUGUAAAAUUAAAUCAAAAUCCAGGUGGAUAAAAUUGAAAAAUAUAUCUUAAAAAGCAAUAAAAUAAGAAUUGAUGUUAUCAUGAUCACGAAUCCCAUACUUGAAUAAACAAUGAUUUAUAAGUUUGCGAAAGCACAAAUAAUGUGAAAAGUAACGGGGAAGAUCAAAAACAGUUGACGGCGAAUUGUUCCUAAUGACACAGUGAAUCAUUCAGAAAAGUACCGACGAAUUGAUUAUUCACGAAAUGCUUAAGAUCAAUAUACGAAGUCUAUCACGAACAUCUUAAAGUUUGUUCGACACAAAUAACAAGACAAUAAACUUUUUUUGAAAACAAAUUAUCAUUCUCAGCGAAUCAUUCAAAGCAGCGACAUAUUAAUAAUUAACGAAAGCUUUUAAAUCGAAAUAAAAAGUUUCUCAAAAACAUAUUUUCUUAGAGAUUGGUCGGCAUGUUAUUCCUGCAAAUUCUACGUUUCACUUUAUAUAUUUUCUUCAUCUUGGCUUUCCUGCCCUUCUUAAUAGAAGGAACUUCUAAAGGAAAGCAAAGAAACUCGGAAUUUGACUUUUCUUUCGGUAACUUCAUUAAGAACAGCUCUUCGUAUCUGGAAGGGGCGAUCAUCUCUCGUAGUUUCGAAGGCGAUGCUCUUUCUUGCUGGAUGAGGUGUCUUGACGUCUUAAAGUGUUUGUCUGUCAACGUGGCAGCCAUUGCUGGCUUGAGCUUGAAGUUUUGGUGCGAGUUACUUUCUGUCGAUAAGUACAGCUGCCCAGACGAGAAGUACCAGCCCAACUCCACCUCAGACCAUUACGAAAUGAAGAGCGCAUGUGAGCACAAGCCGUGUAAGAAUGGAACAUGUCACACCAGCAAACACGACGAUACCUACACGUGUGUCUGCGAUGAUGGAUUUAUCGGAGAGAAUUGCGACAUCAUAAAGGAAGCUCGAGCACUUGGGAUGGAAGAUGGCAGAAUCAAAGACGACCAAAUCACCCAGAGCUCUUAUUACGACUAUAUGUCUAUGGGAAAGCACGCACGCUUGAACCUAUUCGUGGGUUUAGGAGCCUGGAUAGCACAAGGAUUUGCAUCUGGGGAACGGAUACAGAUUGACCUGAAGCGACUUGUGAUAGUCACCAAAGUUGCAACACAGGGAAGAUAUGGACUCGAGAGAUGGAUAACAAGCUUUACCAUCAGCUACAGCCUGGACGGAACUAACUGGAAAGUGUACCAGGAGGGAGGUGUUGACAAGCCCUUGUUUCCACUUGAGACCUUUGAUAACUAUGACGACGUAGACGCACGUGUGAGGGACGUAACAUAG